AUGUCUACGCAAGCACAACAUCCCACCGUCCUCAUCCCGGGGCCCAUUGAAUUCGAUGAUGCCGUUCUCCAGUCCAUGUCGACCUACGGGGAGAGCCAUGUUGGACCGGCAUUCGUGAAGAUUUUCGGCGAGACGCUGACGAUGCUGCGACAGCUGUUCCAGACAAAGGCCGCAGCAUCACAGCCGUUCGUGCUCGCCGGUUCAGGGACGCUGGGCUGGGACUUUGUUGCGUCGAACUUGAUCGAGCGUGGUGAAAACGCCCUGGUGCUGCAUACCGGCUACUUUGGUGACUCACUCUCGGCCUGUCUGCAGACGUACGGUGCAAAUGCAACACAGAUCAAGGCACCCAUUGGAGACCGACCGUCUCUCGAGGAGAUUUCCAAGGCUCUGCAGGAAAAGGAGUACAAGGUCCUGACCGUUACACAUGUCGAUACCUCUACCGGCGUGCUGAGCGAUAUCAAGGCCAUCACGGAAGUUGUCCGAAAGGUCAGCCCCAACACGCUUGUUGUUGUUGAUGGUGUGUGCUCGGUGGGGUGCGAGGAGAUUGCCUUUGACGAGUGGGAUCUGGACGUUGUGCUCACAGCCGGUCAGAAGGCCAUUGGCUGCCCCCCAGGUUUGAGCAUCCUGAUGCUCUCUGGCCGCGCCAUGGACCGCGCAAAGAACAGAACCACCCCUCCGGCAAGCUACUACGCUUCGAUCCAGAACUGGUUGCCCAUCAUGCAGAACUACGAGGCUGGCAAGCCGUCUUACUUUGCUACCCCUGCCACUCAGCUGCAGCUGGCUACCAAGGAGGAGAACCAGGCCAAUGCCAUGACGGCCAUUCGUCUUCCCGAGAGCCUGACUCCACCUGACGUCCUUCCUAAACUCUUCCAGAAGGGCCUCGUCUUUGCCGGUGGUCUGCACAAGGAGAUUGCCUCCAAGUACAUUCGAUUUGGCCACAUGGGAGUCAGCGUCACUGACCCUAAGCGAGACGACAUCGACAAGGCCAUUGCUGCUCUCAAGGAGGUCUUUGCCGAGGUCAAGAAGUGA